GCAAGCGACCCACACGGAGCUCGUUCCGCCGCCGACCCGGAGAUCCUUCUGCCGCCGGAGCUCCUUCCACCGCCUACACGGAGCUCCUCUCGCCGCCCCUCUUCUCCGGCCAAGCUGAAUUCCUUUAAGAAAAUGCAACGCGCAAUUCAAGCUAUCGGAUCACAUGGCAGUGUGCUUAAAUCUGCUGUUCUGAAACACAUCAGUGUUGCAAAGCCUGCUAUGCUGCCUGCUGUGUUUCUGCGCUUCAUGUCAGUGUCAUCUGCUCAAAUAGAGGAGAGUGGAUUUGAGUGCGGCACUAUUGCUGAUAUUCUGAAGUCUAAAGGGAAGAGUGCUGAUGGAUCGUGGCUCUGGUGCACCACGGACGAUUCUGUCUAUGAUGCUGUCAAAUCGAUGACUCAACACAAUGUGGGAGCUUUGGUGGUGGUUAAACCUGGACAAGAUAAAUCAAUUGCUGGCAUCGUCACUGAGAGAGAUUAUCUCCGGAAAAUCAUUGUGCAGGGUCGAUCCUCCAAGUCAACGAAGGUUGGAGAUAUCAUGACUGAAGAGAACAAGCUGAUCACGGCGAAACCUGACACUAGCGUGCUACAAGCAAUGCAGCUGAUGACAGAAAAACGUAUUAGGCACAUCCCAGUGAUCGACGGCACUGGCAUGGUGGGGAUGGUCUCCAUCGGUGACAUCGUCCGCGCGGUGGUCAACGAGCACAAGGAGGAGCUGAACCGGCUCAACGCCUACAUCCAGGGAGGAUACUAGGACCCUGUCCGGCCAGCGUUCGCUGGGCGUCCCUUUGAACUCUAAUAAUGAUCAGGGUGAUGAUGACAAAAUGUAGGCCGUGUUUUUCUGUAGACAAUGGCCGUUGUUGAACUUAUAUUUGUGUGCGAUUUUCCCCGCUUUGUUCAUGUUAUGUGUAUAUGGCCGCGACUGUGGAUCGAUUGGUUCCAUAGCCAGCGUGCAGACCAUCUCAAUCUAGCAGUAAGAGGCACUGAAUAAAGUGUUGGAAUGUCUCAAGACAGGAUACCGAGUUUCAUUUCUUUC